CUUAAUGGUAUUUUAGUCCUUUGACAGCCGAAUUAGAGUCCAAAUGUUCUAGCUUAUGAGGUUUUUUUUUCUUACUGUCUCUCUCAGGUGUGUGCUUUGUUAUGAUUUGGGGAAUUGGGGGCAGAAUGUUUCUGAGGUAUUUUUCAACCAAGCCAAAGCCGAAGAUGAAGCCAAUAGAGCUUAGCAUGCCACUGGAGCAAACUGAGACCAUCGCAAGGGUUAUAUUCAACAUAGUCAAGGAACAUGGUCCUCUCACUGUUGCUGAGACUUGGGAACGCGUCAAGGAAGUUGGAUUGAGAGGAUUGACAGGCAAAAGCCACAUGAAAAUAGUGUUGAGAUGGAUGAGGGAGAGGCAGAAGCUCAGGUUGAUAUGCAAUCAUGUAGGGCCGCACAAGCAAUUUCUGUACACAACUUGGUUCACAAAAUCAAACAACAUCAAGCAGGCAAAAUCAGUGAGUCAUUCUUCACAAUCUCAACCCAAGCUGCCUUGACCAUCACAGAGCUAAUAAAAAUACAUGACAUAUUGACAGUCUAAAGGUGCUUUCUCU